AUGAGUAAAACAAAGAAAUCAAAUAUUGAUCAAAAUUAUGAUGUUUUAAAUUUAAAUAAUGUUUCAUUAACAAAUAAAAAUAAAGAAAUUAGUAUAACAGAUAAUAAUAAUAAUAAUAAUAAUAAUAAUAAUAAUAAUAAAUCAAAAAAGACUGAAAAUGAUAUAUUAGAAGAUGAAUUUAAACUUAUUGAUCAAUUAGCAAAGAAUACAGCAGUACAUUUAAAUAAAUUAGUAACUCAACAAAAAAUAUUAAGUAAAAAUAGUCAAUUAGGUAUUACAAAAAAUAUUUCAAAAAAAGAUUUUAAAGAUAUAGCACCAAGUAAAUUAGAAUUAUUAAAAAAGUCAAUGAAACCAGUUGUUGAGAAUACAUCAGUAUUAGAGACAAAACCAAAGGUUGAUAGAAAUUUAAAGAAUAAAGGUUGGUAUGGGUUCGGUAAGAAAGAGGUGACAGAAGAGAUGAAAUUAGAAGCAAACUUAAUUAAAUUACAAAAAUUCAUUGAUCCAACUAAAAGACACAAUAGAUCACAAUUGGAGGAAUUACCAGAACAUUUCGAAAUUGGUGUCUUCCAAAAUUCAAAUGUUGACUAUUAUAAUAGAUUCACAAAUAAAGAAAAGAAACGUGGUGCUUUAGGUGAUAUUUUAUCAAAUGAAAGUGCUAUUAAAUAUAUUGAAGAAAAAUCUGAUAAAAUAACUCAAGAUAAUAGACAACUUAAAAAACAUAGAAAAAAUGAUUUGUAA